AUGUUUGACAAUUGUAAUCAGAUUGGUCGUGAAUGUAUCUCGAUAGAAGAGCACAAAAGGGCUGUUGUUGAAUCUAUUGGCGCUAAUUCAUCUGCAACUAUUGUUGAAGUGACUGAGCAUUUAUUGAGACGCUUCAGUGAUCUUAAGGUUUCGCACAGUACCGUUUAUAACUUUAUGAGAUGUGAAUGCAACCUUUCGAUAAAAAAAGGAUAUUUUAAUUCUAUCGAAAGAGACAGUCCAGCAAAGAUUGAGGAGCGGUACGAUUGGGUUUGUAAAGGAGAAAAUACAGACAUAAACUUCUUGACGAAUUGUGGGUUUCUUGACAAGUUUGCUUUUGAUAUAAGCCUGGAACGCUCAGGAGCUUGGCCCAAAAAAAAGGGUGCCCGUUGCUAUUGUUACCAGGCCUACUACAAGAACAAACACAGCAUUAAUAUUGGGUGCUAUUUCUGCCGCAGGUUCGAUCACCGUCGGCGUAAAGAAAAACCAAGACCUGUCAAGAAUAGAAAUUUUGACGGGUAUAUCAGCUCAGGAACUGUAAUAGGUCAUUAUAUUAGUUUCUUAAAAUCGACUCUGGAUGAAAUGUACAAGAAUCCGCAUAUUAAAGGUGGCUAUAUUGUUAUUAUAUUGAGUAACGAAGAUAUAAGGGUGUAUAUCUUCCUACUUAUUCUCCUGAAAUUAAUCCAACUGAAAAAUUUUGAGCAGUAG